UGCAGCACACUUCCUUGACUAGAACACAAACCAGCUGCGGGCCGCCCGUGUGACUAAUAGAUCGCGGUGAGCACCAAAAGGCGAUAUUUACGUCUAUAAGUGGUACCUAAGACUUCAAAAACUGUGUCUUUUUUCACAAGUCGUUUACGGUAGAAACCAGAAAUGGACGCCUUAAAUCCGGACUUCGCCUUUGGCUAAGUCUAUAGUCACCAGACAGCACAAGCGGGCGUGUGAGCCUGUGCCUGACUCCCUCCCGCUCUCCAACAGCUUUUCUCGGCCACACUGACUUAGUCGUCCCCGUGUUUGCUGCUGCGCCUGGUGGUUGUGGUGGCAGCGGCCACCAUCAAUGGCGGACCCGACGGAAGCCGCCCGGGCCACCGUGGAGGACGACGAAAAUGAGCCUGUGAACGACGCCGAACUGGCGCUGAAAGGAAUCAAUAUGCUUCUCAACAAUGGAUUCAAGGAGAGCGACAAGCUGUUCAGAGCGUACAGGAACCACAGUCCACUCAUGAGCUUCGGGGCCAGUUUUGUCAGUUUUCUGAAUGCCAUGAUGACUUUUGAAGAGGAGAAGAUGCACCUGGCCUCCGAGGACCUCAAAGCCACAGAGAGGCUGUGCGAGAAUGAAAACGCCGGCGUCAUCGAAACCCUCAAAAGCAAAAUCAAGCGCACGGCGGACUCUCGGAGGUCGGGGGCGGUCGCUCUUGAACGACUCCAGAGGCAGAUCAUCAUCGCUGACUGCCAGGUUUACCUGGCAGUGUUGGCUUUCACAAAGCAGGAGCUGUCAGCAUACAUCAAAGCAGGUUGGAUCCUCCGUAAGGCCUGGAAAGUUUACAACAAAUGCUACGGUGACAUCACACAGCUGCAGGAGUGCGGCAGGAGGAGGGCUUCCCAGCAGCAAGCACCUCCUUCCCCAUCACCGGCAUCACAAUCCUCCCCGGGGCCAAGUCCUUCCCACAGGUACGACAGCAUCAGCACCGAAGCCCUGGACCGGCUCAAAGGCUCGGUGAGCUUCGGCUAUGGCCUCUUUCACCUGUGCAUCUCCAUGGUCCCGCCACACCUCCUCAAGAUUGUCAACCUGCUGGGCUUCCCUGGCGAUCGCCUCCAAGGACUGUCAGCGCUUUCCUACGCCAGCCAGAGUACGGACAUGAAGGCCCCCUUAGCUACCCUGGCCCUCUUGUGGUACCACACGGUAGUGCAGCCUUUCUUCGCCCUGGACGGCAGCGACACACACUUGGGCCUCGUGGAGGCCAAAGCCAUUCUUCAGCAGAAAGAGACUACCUACCCCAACUCAUCGCUCUUCAUGUUUUUCAAAGGCAGAGUCCAGCGUCUAGAGAGCCAGAUCGGCAGCGCCUUGACAUCCUUCAGCAACGCCUUGGAGUUGGCUUCAGAGCAGCGUGAGAUCCAGCAUGUGUGUUUGUAUGAAAUAGGUUGGUGUAACAUGAUCCAGCUCAACUACUCUGAGGCUUUCAGGGCCUUUGAACGACUGAAGAAUGAGUCCCGCUGGUCCCAGUGCUACUACGCCUAUUUGACCGCAGUGUGCCAGGGAGCCAUGGGUGACCUGCAGGGAGCGCUAACUGUCUUUAAGGAUGUUCAAAUCCUUUUCAAACGCAAGAAUAACCAAAUAGAGCUCUUCUCCAUGAAGAAGGCUGAGAAGUUGAGGAUCUCCAGUCUGUCCAAAGAACUUUGUAUCCUGUCAGUCAUUGAGAUUCUCUAUCUAUGGAAAGCUCUCUCCAACUGCUCCACCAGCAAGCUACAUGCCAUGAUGCAAGUCCUUCGGGCUAUUGAUGACGCCUCAUGUGCGGGGCUGAAAAACCUGCUUCUGGGUGCCGUGAGCAAAUGCCUCCAUAACACUCAAGAUGCCAUUCAGUAUUUCCAUGUGGCUUCACGCGAUGAGGUGGGCCUGCUGAGCAACUCGUACGUGCAGCCGUACUCCUGCUACGAGCUGGCCUGUGUGCUCCUCGCCGAUCCUGAGUCUGCAGCUAAAGGCCAUACAUUGAUGCUUCAGGCAAAGGAGGACUAUGCAGGCUAUGACUUUGAGAACAGGCUUCAUGUUCGCAUCCACUCCGCUCUUGCCUCCAUGAGAGCUGCAGCUCAGCCCAGACACAAUCAGCAAUAAUGGGGGUAGAUAGACCCCCCCAAAAUGUUACAUUUUAAAGUCUGUUGGUUUUCUGAGCCAAAAGGGAGCACAUCUCUGUGGUUGCCUUUGCUAAUCUGCAGGUAGGAGUAUUACACUGCACAUUUUUAAACGUGACUCCCCCCCCAAAAUGUUUUGCACGUAUUUCUUAUGUACUGUAUAUGUGCCAACCUUUGAUGGUUCACACAGGCACAGGGGUACGUUUUUGAUGUAAACUAAUUCCUCUUUAUGUUCUAUGUUGAAAAUAUUGAAUUUGGUUUUAUUAGACACCGGUGAAAUAAAUCAGUUUGAAAUUC